ACCAUGGUAAAAGGUGAAUGUCAUAAACAUUUGGCUGGGAUAGGUUAUGUUAGCGUCAAUUUAAAGUCAUGUAAUGUGAUUUUGCUGUUGUACCUGUAUGUUCAUGUUUUAGCAGGUUUCUAUAAUGUAAGGCUAUGACCAUUUGUAUACUUAAUUAUUGAAGUAGUGGUAAAAAUCUGUGUAUAAAAGACAGAGGGAAUUCUCUAAUAUUCACCAGUCUUCAAGAUUUCAUCCCAGGACAAGAAGCUCAGUUCAACAGAAAUACUACCAAAAUAAAAUGUCGUACCGUACAAUUGCUUCAACUGAUUCAGAGAAUGAACAUUUUAGCGAAUCAAUUGAUAUAAGACCGUCUUUUUCAAAAACAAAACCUGGAUCAAAACGUUCUGCAGAAAAAACAAGUGUUAAAAAACCUAUGAAAAAGAAGCAGAAUAAAAUGAAUGCAUCAUACAGAGAUAAUAUCAGCGAACGCUUGAGAUCAGAAGAUUUUGAUGUUGAAGUAUUUAAUUCGCUAACAUUCAGACAAGGAGAUGGCGUUGUGACAAUAAAGACGCCUUUUGAAGAAAAAGGAAAGGAUCUUUGGGUGCUAAGUCAUUAUAAGGUUACUAACAUCGAGAAUGUACCAGUAAAGGACAGAUGGAAGUUCAGUGAAGCUACUGUUAGAUUGUACACGACCGACGAAUCAAAAGAUCAAACACUUCAUACUGGUCUUAAUGAGACAAUGCAAAUUAUAUUUGAUAAAUUACUAACCGAUCCAAAGCGUCAAACUAUUAAAAGCAAGACGGUUGUUUGAUUAUUAUACGGAAAAAUGAGUUUCAUUUAAUAAAACAAAAUAUUAUUAUA